UGCGCGGGCCUCGGCGGCCAGCCCCGGCGCACAGCCGCGGCCGGGGCGCGCGGCGCGGGGCGGAAAAGCCUGUUUACACAGACUGCACACCGCCUGGGGAAUAAUGCAGUAAAGGAAGUGAGCCGGCUCGGCCUGACUGCUCCAACUUCCUGCUCUCACACACACCAGAGGAAAAAAAAAAAAAAAAAAAAAAAAAGAGGAGCGAGAGAAAGAAAAAAAAAGGGGGGGAAAAUCAGGAUCUCAUUACAAGAGCCACAGACCGUCUGCAGACGCCUGUCAGCAUGGAAAUUCGGGGGCUUUCGCCCGGUUCCUCCUAGAAAUUCCCCCGAAGAAGGAUCUUGAAAGCUCCCCCACAUCUGGGUAUGGAGAGUGCAAUCACGCUGUGGCAGUUCCUGUUGCAGUUGCUGCUGGACCAGAAGCAUGAGCACCUGAUCUGCUGGACCUCCAACGAUGGUGAAUUCAAGCUGCUCAAGGCGGAAGAAGUGGCCAAGCUGUGGGGACUCCGCAAAAACAAAACAAACAUGAACUAUGACAAGCUGAGCAGAGCCCUUCGAUACUAUUAUGACAAGAACAUCAUCAAGAAGGUGAUCGGGCAGAAGUUCGUGUACAAAUUUGUCUCUUUCCCGGAGAUACUGAAAAUGGACCCUCACGCGGUGGAGAUCAGCCGGGAGAGCCUCUUGCUGCAGGACAGCGAGUGCAAGGCGCCCCCCGAGGGCCGCGAGGCGCACAGACACGGCCUGUCGGCGCUCAAGAGCGCCGGCCGCAACGAGUACCUGCACUCGGGCCUCUACUCGUCCUUCACCAUUAACUCCCUGCAGAGCCCUCCGGAGUCCUUCAAGGCCAUCAAGACGGAGAAGCUGGAGGAGCAGCCGGAAGACAGCCCUCCCGUGGAAGAAGUCCGGACUGUCAUCAGGUUUGUGACCAACAAGACCGACCGGCACGUCAGCAGGCCCGUGGUGUCCCUGCCGUCCACGUCGGAGGCCUUCCUGGCCUCGUCCGUCUCCAAGAUCUCCUCUUUGAUGCUGCCCAACGCCGCCAGCAUCUCGUCUGCCUCUCCCUCCUCCUCCCGGUCCCCGUCGCUGUCCCCCAACUCGCCCCUCCCUUCCGAACACAGAAGCCUCUUCCUGGAGGCCGCCUGCCAUGACUCGGAUUCCCUGGAGCCCUUGAACCUGUCAUCGGGCUCCAAGACCCGGUCUCCAUCGCUUCCCCCAAAGGCCAAAAAACCCAAAGGCUUGGAGAUCUCCGCGCCCCCGCUGGUGCUCUCUGGCACCGACAUCGGCUCCAUCGCCCUCAACAGCCCGGCCCUUCCCUCUGGAUCCCUUACCCCAGCCUUCUUCACUGCUCAGACACCAAAUGGAUUGCUUCUGACCCCGAGUCCACUGCUGUCCAGCAUACAUUUCUGGAGCAGCCUUAGUCCAGUUGCUCCACUGAGUCCUGCCCGGCUGCAGGGGCCAAACACGCUGUUCCAGUUCCCAACACUGCUUAACGGCCAUAUGCCAGUGCCAAUCCCCAGUCUGGACAGAGCUGCUUCUCCAGUACUGCUUUCUUCGAACUCUCAGAAAUCCUGAUGACAUCUGGCCACAACUAAAGACUCAUUAACUGAGGAAACAAAUGUGUCCCCAUGGACUAGUUUACCUGUGUCAUGAGAAGGACUUUGUGAAACCUGUCUGUAAUUUGGUUUGCACUUUUCAUAACAUGGAUGAUCCAGAAUGAAGAUAGCAUUUUAAAAACUUUUUUAUAUUCAAGUAUAUAUGAAAAUCUGUUUUGCAUUAAGUGAAUUUUAAUGUUUUUGUUUUUAUAUCCUCUUAGCUAUUAAGUGUUGAACACUGUUGACAGUGAAGAACUUUUCUUAAUGGUUUUCAUUUAACUAUUAAGGAUGUGAAGCUUUCUUCCUCUUUAAUUCUGCAUAUGCUAAACUAUGCUUAUAUACACUAUAACCAGCUGUGCCUUCCUUUCCAUUUAGUUUACUGUAAAUGAUUUGUAUUUUUUAGUAUUAAAAUGUUUGAAAGACAAAAAUUAGUAUUCAACAGCUCUCUAAUAGAAUUUCAUUACUUUUCACAACUAGGCAAUAUGAAAGCAGGCUCAUAUUUUUCUUUUUUGCUUUCAACUGUAUGAGAAUUGCCUUAGAACCUCUUUUGAACUGAAAUUCAGUAAAUAUAAUGUCCAAGUGAUGUUUUUAUAAGAAACUAAGCCAUAUUUAGACAAUAAACUUUCAUAAAAGAAAAUGUUCUAAAGUGCAUUUUUUUGAAAAACAAACUUUGAAAAGCUAGCAUCCUAGCUGUUUACAAUCUUUUAGACGCCUCCCAAACCAAAACCCGAGAUGGAAAAGCUACAUCAAGUCUGUCCACGCCCCUGGAAUAUAUUCUAGGUUAGCAUAUUCUUACUUAAGAAAGUUACCUGGUUCUCCCACUUUUCCAUAGAGAAUCAUACCUCGCUGAUGCAUUUACUGUAUGCCUUAGGGUUUCUCUAAACCCCUGGAACUACAAUGACACUUAAAAAUCCUACGCUUUGGAAGAGGUUCACAGACUGGAGAUGAAUAUCAAACAACAAAGAAACAAUUUUGUAACACCGGGUACCUUCAUGUGUAUAGGUAUAGCCUUGCUUGUGGAAAAAUUGAGAGGUGCAGGAUACACUGUUUUACGUAUUACUGUCUGUGGUGAGAAUGAAGGAAAACUGCUGAUACAAUUCUUCAGGAACCUCAUCACUGUGGAACUGAACUGAUUAUAUACCAAUUUGGAACACUCAUCAGUAAAGUCUUUUGUGUAGUUUAGAGCAGUGAUACUAGAAACAUAUUUCCUGUUCCUUCAAAAAAACCAGCAGAUACCAGUCUAAGCUGGCAUUCUGUAUAUAAAGUAGGAAUGCUCUAAUAUAAAAGAACUGGAAAGUGCCCAGUGCUUCCAAUUUAAGAUUAUCAUCCUUAACUAAAAGUAACAGAAACCAAUUUGAAAUGUGACUAAAGAAUCGAUCCUAACACCAAGCAUUAAAUAUCAGGGAUUCUGAGAAAGUGUAAAAAAUAAAGGUUGCAAAAACAUUUCUUGAAUUUUCAAGAAAUCUAAAAUUUUGUUUUGACAUUUACAAAGCUCGAGAUUUGCAAACUGGAACUGAGCAUCUCUGUGUCUGUAUGCCCUUAUCUGGGGGAAAAAAAAAUCUAAACACUCUAAUGUGCAUCUUUGAAUAUAAAGUAAUGGGCCUGGUUUCAAAAUCUGCAAAUAGAUAUAAUACUGUCAGUCACUUCCAGUGAUAAUUCUGUACUAAAAUAAGAGCUGGUCUGGAGGAUUGGUAUUUACCAAACAUAAAAUAUUAGAAGAAGUCUUUGAGAAUGCAUCCAACUGCCAUUUCCAGAGAAGGACAACUGUACAGGAGAAGUGAGAGUUGCCUAAAGGCCCUCAGUUCGUUGAAGGUCUAACAGUGAAUGGUGCUCAAUCCAGUUCUAUUUCCCCAUGCCAGUUAGAGGUAACUACAGGUCCAAAACUAUAUGUCAGGUAGAAAACAAACAAAAAAAGAGCAUUGAGAAAAC